AUGGCAGGGUCACGAGCGAGCAACCUGAAACAAACCCGCGAAAAGCGCCAGCGCGCUGUUGCGUCUGCUUCUGCUGCCGCUGCUGUCCGCUGGGAAAGCAUCGAUGCGGCACUCUGCGAGCAACGGGCAACAGCGGUCACUCGUAGCCUGAUCUGGGCCUACCUUAUUCUCGCUGUGGUACUCGUUGUGUUCCCUGCCCUCUAUACGCACGCGGAGGAUAGUGGCCUGCUCUCCAGUGCGCCGCGGCUAUUCGCCAUGGCCGCAACAGCGAUCACGCUCGUCAACAUGCUACUUGUUUCAACCAGCGUCGUCUUCAUCGGGGCACGCGUGUCUGCAGCACGUGAUCGGCUUCGCCGGUGGGCUCUCGAGCAAUCCCGUACCCGAGCGGGCGCGGACGACUCAGAAUCGGUGGCGGCUGCGUUGGCAGCGCUCGAGCGCGAAGUCAUCGGAAGAGGCGACGCGCUGCGGUUCCCCCUGGUCGCUUCACUUGGCCUGAUAGCACUCUUCAUGGCCAUUCGGUACCUGCCGCAAAACGUUGUGCAGCUGCUCAUCGGGAUGUACGUUGCUCUAGCCUCGCUGGUCUCGAUGACGAGUAUCCUCUCGCCGCUGCUGGACCUGCUGGAGCACCGAUUGCGGCAAUCGCCGCGCACCAAACCGUUGGGGAUGCUCAUGGCGCGGCGGUUUGGACUUUUCAGGGAUACGCUCUCGGUACACGGUCGAGAUGUGCUGGGCAUGGUGCUCGCGCUGCCGCUUCUCUACUGGUAUCGGCAGUCGAGCGGUCUCGGCGCUGCGAUCCUGAACAAUAUUUUUGCGGCAAGCCUGGGAGUUGCGGGCAUCGACCUAUUGGCCAUUGGUGACUUUCAGACGGCUGUCGUGCUGCUUGUCGGCCUUUUCCUCUACGAUAUUUUCUGGGUCUUUGGCAGCGAGGCCGUCUUCGGCGACAACGUGAUGGUAUCGGUCGCGCGCGGCAUCGACGGUCCCUUCAAAUUCGUCUUCUACCGUCUGCGAGCGCGCCCUGAUGCAGCGCGCGAUAUGUCGAUGCUAGGACUUGGUGACCUGGUGAUUCCCGGACUCUUUGUGGCCCUGAUGUUGCGCUUUGACCACCGUCAUUUGGCGAAACCUUCACUGGCGCCCAAGCAUCCCUAUUUUUCUGCUACAUACAUGGCCUAUGCACUGGGUAUGGUGACAACGUUCGUAGCGAUGGCGGUGUCGAAGGCGGCGCAACCUGCGCUGCUUUACCUGGUACCGUUCUGCCUGGUGGCACCGCUGAUGCGAGCCUGGCGCCUGGGCGAGCUGCGCUCGCUCUGGUAUUACCGCGAACACGAUGCGGAGCUUGAUUCGCAUCGCGAGCCGCACCAGUCGUCAUGCAACGAUACCUAG